UUUGUGGGCGCUGGGGCUCGCGUUGCGCGUCGACGAGAGCAAAGAAGCUGCUUCGCCUCGCACCACGCGCGGUUCUGCAGUGCCGCGGCGGCACUGAUGCCAUUUCCGUAGCGUUUGGGCUGCCCCAGCGUUCCACUUUCAAAGCAACAAUGGGUGCCGGCAGCAGCCUGCACGACGUCGAGGCCCUCACGGACGACCUCGAGCAAGCCUUCGCCCGUGUCAUCCCGCGCACGCCGCGCGGCAGCCUCGACGUCGCGAGCUGCGACCGCGGCAAGGUGCGACAAGUCGUGGACGGCGCGAAUAAGCGCGUCGAGAAACGCUACGCCGAUGCGUGGAACAAGUGUGCCGUGGUACGCGGCGAGACGAUUCCGGCGGUCGACGAGCUGCGCAACGCGUGCGCCGCCCUGGUGGAAGACUUCCACGAAAAGGCGCCGCGGUGCGCGCUCGCUGCGGACGCGGGAGUCGGCGCGCUCGUCGACAUGGCGAGCCACCACGGCGCCGCGCUGCACGAGGCCCUCGAAAGGCUCGUCACCAGGGCGGGCGGCGAGUACGUUCACGGGCCGCAGAAAGCAGCGGAGCGCAUCGCGGAGAAGGCGAAGAACGACUACGACGGUGACGUGGCCCGGGUCGUCGACGUCGAGCGCGCGACCGGCCUCUUCGACUCGCUGGAAGACUUGAAUGCGGCGGUCUCGGUGCUGCGCGAGGCCUCGGGCGACGGGUCGCUGACGAUCCGGCGCUUCAAGGACUGCUUCUUCACGGAUCAGUUCAAGAGCGGCUACCGGGACCUAAAGGUUAACGUGGAGGUCUCGGGGUUCGUCGGCGAGCUGCAGCUUAACCUACGACGGAUCAAAAUCGUCAAGGACCACGCGCAUAAGCUCUACAACGUCGACCGCGUCGUCGACGAAGACGGCGACGAGGCGCUGUACAGAGCAAUCGUCGGCCUGGACCUCGAGAGCGAGCAGGUGCUCAGCCUCGCGGCGGAUGGCGGGCAGUCGGUUCUGGGCGCGUGCGGUCGCAUCAGCUUGCUCGCGGAGGCUCUGGCCGAAGCGCUGCCGCCCGGCUGCGAAGUGGCGAACGUGUACAACGCCGGCGGCGCGGUCCACGCGCACGUUCGGCUGGGCAUCGCCGAUGUCGCGGCCCUCGCCCGGUUGCGCGACGCCGUGCUCUUCGAGGGCUCCUUCGAGACUGCAAUCAACGAGGCCCUGCCGCGCGACGCCUCGCAGCUCGCGGAGAAGCUCGCCAGCGAAUCGAUGAGGGAACUGGGAUUCGAUGCUUCCGUGAGUCGGAGCGGCCGGUGUCUGCUCACGAACGACCGAUUCCUCUCUCCGGAAGACUCCGAAAGUUCUCCGGGCGCGCCGCCCGCGGAGCCUCCGCUUCUCGCUAAGCUCCGCGUCGACCGCGCCGGCGUCAAUAUUCACGUUGAUCGCGGCGCGUUCAUGGAGUGUUACGCGCGAAUCAUGAUGCGGUUCACGAGGUUGACGAUGCACCAGCGCGAGAAGCUCGAGGCCGUGCGACGCGCGUCGGUUGCGGUGCUGCUUGCGCCUGCGGGCGGUGGGAAGACCUUUGUUGCUGUCCAACGAGUGGUGCAGGUGCUGAACGAAGACCCCGAUGCGACGGUUCUUUUCGUGGCGCGAAACGAAGCGCUGGCGCUCUUUGUCUGCAAGUGGCUUGUCAUCGCGUCGCGCAAGUCUGCCGAGCAUGUUGUGGAGCGCGUGCACGUGUUGGUGGCGCCGUUUUCGAGUGGGCCGCGGUGCGUGCGCGUCGAGGCGCUGGGCGGUCGACGGCGGCUCGUGCUGGGCGAGAAGCGUUGCGACGCCACGACGUACGCGCUCAUUGUCGUCGACGAAGCGCACCACCUCGUGGGCGACUCCUCGCUUCGAUCGGAGCUCGCGGAGCUUGGUGCUGCCGAAUCGAGUCUGUUGUUCCUCGGCGACGUCUCUCAAGCGACAUCGACGAUAUCCAGUCCAGAGGAGAUCGCGCGCUCACUUGUAGACUUGCCCCAAGACCAAGGUGUUGUCGUGGCGACACUCUCGGAAGUGGUCCGCUCGACGAAGCGGAUUGUUGCUGGCGCCGCCGCGUUCCAGCUCGAGGCCGGGCGCAAGGCCGAGACGUCGACGCAUUCGGCAUCAGCGGGGCCGCCGCUCGUGGCGAGGAUCUUUACGACGUCUAAAGGCGACGAUGCGGGCGAGACCUAUGCGCGCGAGGUCGUCGAGGCGCUGACUGCCAUCCGGCGCCAGCUCGUGGAUUUAGAGGACCUGGAUGACCGCGUGGCGGUCGUUGGGCCAGAUGAAGCGUUUAUUGAGAAGCUCCGCGAGCCGCUCGGUCGCGCUCUGGGAGGAUUCGAGCUCGUCGACGCGGCGACGGCGAGCGCGGUCUUGCCGCGCGGUGACACCGAGGCGCGCGCCGCCGACGCGAAGCAGCUGCUCGUCGUCGACAGCGUCGACAAUAUGGACGGUUUGGAACGGCUCGUCAUUAUUUGUGUUGGACUGGACCAAGUCAUCGAUCGCGGCGCGGGCGUGCUCGAGACUCGGUCGCGUUUGUACCGCGCGAUGACGCGCGCGCAGCUCGCGGUUGCUGUUGUGAAUGAAGUGGUGCCGGGCGGCUGGCUCGAGUUCCUGGGGCGCGUCGAACUGGAUGAUGAGAAGUUUGAUGAUGCCGCGGAGCGCGAGAACCGGGCGGAGACGGCGGCGGACGAUGUUGUGGGUGCUGUGGCUGAGGAGACUUCGGCGCCCGUUGCGACUCAUGGCGACGCUACUACUGUUAGCGAAGUGUCUUCGGUACCAGCGCGCGGUAGUGACGGCGCACAGAAGGCGUCACCAAACGACGCCGUCGACGCGCCCGUGGCAGAGAAGGCCGCUGUCGACGCGGACGCCGCCACGACCCCGUCGGAAGCCGAACCGAUGAAGGUACUGCAGUCGAUCUGGGACGCGAGCGCGGUCGCGACGGCGUCGCGCGGCGACCUGCGGUUCAUGCCGUUUUCCGAAGGCGUGGACCUGUCGAAGCUCGUCGAGCUGCGGACGCUGAAAGGGCACUCGGGCGACGUGCGUUGCCGCGUCCACUGUACUCUUGUGAUGAUCUGGCUUCGUCGUAGGUCAAUGGCGUUGCGGUGUUUCCGGACGGGCGGCGCAUUGUUUCUGCGUCGGACGACGAGACGCUCAAGGUCUGGGACGUGGCGACCGGCGAGUGCGUGGCGACGCUGGAAGGGCACUCGCGGCCCGUGCGUUGCGGCGUCCGCUGUACUUUUGUGAUGAUCUGGCUUCGUCGUAGGUGUGGGGCGUUGCCAUGUUUCCGGACGGGCGGCGCAUUGUUUCUGGGUCGAGCGACAACACGCUCAAGGUGUGGAACAUCGAGACCGGCGAGUGCGUGGCGACGCUGGAAGGGCACUCGUCGAGUGUGCGUUGCGGCGUCCACUGUACUUUCGUGAUGAUGGGUCUUCGUCGUAGGUCCUGAGCGUUGCCGUGUUUCCGGACGGGCGGCGCGUCGUGUCUGCGUCAAGCGACAAGACGCUCAAGGUGUGGGACGUGGCGACCGGCGAGUGCGUGGCGACGCUGGAAGGGCACUCGAGUUACGUGCGUUUCGGCGUCCGCUGUACUUUUUGUGAUGAUGUGUCUUCGUUGUAGGUCUUUGGCGUUGCCGUGUUUCCGGACGGGCAGCGCGUCGUGUCUGGGUCGGACGACAGCACGCUCAAGGUGUGGGACGUGGCGACCGGCGAGUGCGUGGCGACGCUGGAAGGGCACUCGUCUCAGGGCACUCGUCGUCAAGUGCGUUGCGCGGCGUCCACUGUACUUUCGUGAUGAUGGGUCUUCGUCGUAGGUCCUGAGCGUUGCCGUGUUUCCGGACGGGCGGCGCGUCGUGUCUGCGUCGGGCGACAACACGCUCAAGGUCUGGGACGUGGCGACCGGCGAGUGCCUAGCGACGCUGAAAGGGCACUCGAAUAUCGUGCGUUGCGGCGUCCACUGUACUUUCGUGAUGAUCUGUCUUCGUCGUAGGUCAAGAGCGUUGCUAUCUCACCGGACGGGCGGCGCGUCGUGUCUGGGUCGCGCGACGAGACGCUCAAGGUGUGGGACGUGGCGACCGGCGAGUGCGUGGCGACGCUGAAAGGGCACUCGCAAUAUGUGCGUUGCGCAGCGUCCGCUGUACCUUUGUCAUGAUCUGUCUUCGUCGUAGGUCACGAGCGUUGCUAUCUCCCCGGACGGGCGGCGCGUCGUGUCUGGGUCGGGCGACAAGACGCUCAAGCUCUGGGGGCUGCCGAAGUCCUGAGCGUCGUGUCGUGGCGAAAGAAAUCCUUCUCGCUGUUUUAUAUUGUCUAUUCGAAGUGCCCCCCCUCGACGCCAUCGGCGCGAUUCGGGAUGACGCACGCGUAGACGUGGAGUAUUAAGUUUAUCCUACAAC